CUUCAACACACUGUUACAAUAUUAUUCAGGGAUAGACACCGAUAACACCAACGGCUGCGCCCACCGCAGUCCGCAUACCACCGUUAAUGCGAGGCCAAUGGGUAUUUCCGCGCGCGCAAUGCAGCCUCAGCCCUAGGACACCGAAGCCAGUGGCAACGCUCCAACCGCGCACAUCAUACCAAGGCUAUCACCGACUCCGAACCCAACGAGCGACGACCAUCCACACCUCCACCCCUAGCCCCAGGAUAAAUCAACCCCAAUUCCCCUUCAAACAGUAUCCCACUAUCCCAAAUCUCCGGAGACAAACCCGCACCCUGAUCACAACCACCCUUCCACCCAUCCUCAUCCCCCCCACCAUCUUCCUAGGCUUACUCCUAGCCCUCUGGACCUGGAAAUGCCUCUGGAUCGUCCUCUUGCAAGACAAACUUCUCUACCUAGCCUGGCUACCCCCGCUCUCCCGCUCCGAAAAGAUCGAAGACUACGAGCGCGAAUGCCGCCCGGUGCAAUGGACAGAGACCCAGAUCCGCAGUCUAGACGGCACGAAGCUCUCCGUCUGCGAGGGCCGUCUACCGCGUCCAGCUGACCGUCCACGUCCACGUCCCCGAAGAAAAGUAGUAAUCUGCUACUUCCAGGGCAACGGGGGCUCGACGCCGCUGCGACUGCCUCUUCUCUCGCAGACCUUGCGCGCGUUGUCCCGCGCCCCAGCCGGCCUAGAGGGAAAGGUAGAGACAGAGUAUAUCGUCGUCGCGCUCUCGUACCGCGGGUACUGGACCUCCUCGGGUCGUGCUUCACAGCGGGGUAUUGAGCGCGAUGCGCAGGCGUUCUUGGGGUGGGUGAGAAGUACUUAUGUUGCUCGGGUGUCGUCUACGGAGGGUAGGGAUGUGGAUGGGGAGGUUAAGGUCGUGCUGUGGGGUCAUAGUCUCGGUGCGGCGGUGGCCAGUACUGCGCUUGCGACGCAUCUUUCUGUAGGUGGUGCGGGGGAGGUAGCAGCAGGAGAAAACGCAGGAACGGGGCAGGAAGGGGAGAGCGCAGCUGCACUGCCUAUUACCGGCUUGGUGCUCGAAGCCCCCUCCAGCAGUGUCAAGGAGAUGCUGAUCAGUCUGUAUCCGCAACGGUGGCUGCCGUAUCGCUAUUUGUGGCCGUUCCUGUGGAAUCAUUGGGAUGGCGUUGCGGCGUUGCGGCGGAUGGGCGCGUGGCGGGAUGAGGCUGUCAGAAAGGGGGCAGUUGGGGAUGCAGCGAGUAUGCAUCAGGAAAGUGGCAAGAAGAGAUCGCUGCCGCCAAUCCUGCUGCUCACGGCCGAGAAGGAUGAGGUGAUUCCCCCUGAGGCCGCGGCGCAGCUGGAGGAGGAGGCGAAAAAAUUGGGGAUUGAGAUGGUCAGGACGGAUGUGCCGGGCGCGAUGCAUACGGAGGCGCCGGUUCGGCCGGUGGGGAGGAAGGCGCUGGUGGAGUUUAUUUGGGCGAGGAGUUGAAAUGAGUUCAGAUUUCAUUGGGGGGUAUGCGUCGGUGCGAACCAAAGAGUAGAGCUUUGCGUGCAUGUGAUGGUGUAUUAUAUAGAGGUGUCGGACGAAGCCCAAGGGCAGCAACAGUAUCAGCAACAUGUAC